AUGGCGAUGUCCAAUGACCUUCAACCACAGUACAGAGAAGACUUUGGAGAGUACCGCCGUCUCCACCCUGGAACGGACGUGGGAUCACCUAGACCAGGAAAGCAAGGAUUUAAUACAGGAGUAGUCCUCUUUCAUCUGGAACGGAUGAGAAAUUCAAUAUUAUACAACAAACUUCUGCAGUCCGAUGUUCUCGGGUCCCUGUGCUCGAAGUAUUACUUUAAAGGCUACCUGGGUCAUCAAGACUUUUUUACUCUGACCGGCAUGGAGUAUCCAAACCUGUAUUACACUCUGGACUGCACGUGGAACAGACAACUGGACACAGCUUGGAUGAAGAACGUCAAUGAAACAGUAUUUGAUUCAUACCACGAAUGUGCUGGAACAGUAAAGAUCUAUCAUGGAAAUGGAAACUCACUAAUCCCAUUUACGUAA